AUGAAUGGCAAACCCCCCUAUAAUAUCAAUAUCACGACCGCGUACGAAUCUUUCCCGAACGAAUUUGACGCCUUUAUCCAGCUCGACUCUUGGAAUCAGGCAAGCAUUUGGUGGGGAGCGAUGCUGCUUUCGAUAUGGUUCCAAGGUAUACGGGCUCAGAUGGCGCAUAUGCAAGACCCUCAGUCAACUUUUCAUUGGGGUGAUGUUACCAUCAACUUCGAUCUCACGGCUAACAUCAAGGACAUAGAUUUCAUAUCCUACGUGGGAUCAUUUGGCAUGAGCAAUGGAACCGUCCACUGGCUGAGUUCAGAUGAUGACCAUCUCAAGUUAGAUCCGCUUCGAAUUGGAAUAAUACAGAUCGAUGGAUUUGCCAAGGCUUUUUACUCAAUGGUGAUGCUUGAUAUGGGGCAGACGAACGGGUCCAACGUUCUGACAGACCCAGACGCGCUUCAGUACUAUCUAGCGGCACCGUUCUACGUGAACAGCUCACCUGAUGGCGUGGACAGCUACAGGAUCAACUCCCUCGGACAGCCGCCUGUUCUCGCAAGUGUCGCUUAUAAUACCUUAAGCAUCACUGGAAACAGUACGGGUCAUUUGGGGCUGAAAAAUGCGACCUUAUACUCCGAGUAUACGUGCCAAAUCCCGCAGAUAAAAGGCGCAGGAUACCCCAUUGUCACCAUCUUGGUCAAUGAUCUGGUGUUUCUGCAGACUCUCUGGAUGAUUUACUGUUGGUUGUGGGAUGGUGGCUGA